UGAUAACGCGCUAAGAUUAAGGCUGCGCUUACACUAUCAAAAGAAAUUCUUAAGAAACUUUGAAGAUCUCAAGAACUUUUUUGCGCGCGCCCGGUCCGAUAUAUCUACUACUUAAUAUACACAACACAACAUAUACAAUGGCUUCUGUUUACAAGUCAUUAUCAAAGACCUCUGGUCAUAAAGAAGAAAUCCCCAGUGGUGUCAAGAAAAACAAGCAAAGAGUUUUGAUCUUGUCUUCAAGAGGAAUAACUUACAGGUAGAUAUAUAAACUUGUGCCGAUGCGAUGCAAAAAUCGCAGGAAAAUGCUAACUGUACAAAUUAGACACCGACAUCUUCUCAAUGACCUUGCGUCCCUACUUCCACACGGUAGGAAAGAUGCGAAGCUCGAUACCAAGUCAAAGCUUUAUCAAUUGAACGAAUUGGCGGAAUUAUAUAACUGUAAUAAUGUAUUUUUCUUCGAGGCAAGAAAAGGAAAGGAUCUUUACCUGUGGAUGAGCAAAGCACCCAAUGGACCUACCGUGAAGAUGCAUAUGCAAAAUUGUACGUCCAUCUUGACAUACCGCUGUGAGGGAAGGUCUCUAACAACACCUUAGUACACACCAUGGAAGAGCUCCAUUUCACAGGAAACUGUCUCAAAGGCUCCCGACCCAUCCUCUCUUUCGAUGCCUCUUUCGAUAAGGAACCUCACCUUCGUGUACUAAAAGAGCUCUUUCUCCACAUCUUCGGCGUGCCAAAGGGUGCUAGAAAAUCGAAACCAUUUGUCGAUCAUGUCAUGGGAUUUACUUUAGCAGAUGGCAAAAUCUGGAUUCGAAACUACCAGAUCAGCGAGACUGAACCAUCGAGAGUCAAAGGUGCUGAAGAAGAAAUUCCUGCAAAAUCCACCUCGAAAAGCUCGGGAAACAAGGAGACAGAAUGUACCUUGGUGGAGAUUGGACCAAGAUUUGUAUUGACGCCCAUUGUCAUUCAAGAGGGAAGUUUUGGUGGACCGAUAAUCUACGAAAACAAGGAGUUUGUGUCCCCUAAUCAAGUCAGAAGCGAGAUCAGAAAGAAGAAGGCAGGGAGAUACAAUGCGAGGGCAGAGCAGGGUAUCGAGAGACUGGCAAAGAAGGGUGAAUUGGGUCUCAGAACGAAUGGAGGAAGACAGGUGCCAAAGGAUGCCCUGGAUAAUGCUGAGUUGUUUGCUUAGGCUAGGAAGAUUCCCUAAAUGGCGUUUGGUGCAUGGAAAAGAUGACAAGGGAGAAAUUAAGAAAUAUUUGCUUGUUGCGUAUAAGAAUUUUUCCUUGACCAAUCCAGAAAUCUCCUUGAGUGACAACAA